CCCAUCCCCAUUCAGCCAAAUCACCGCAGUGCUGAAAGAGUGAGAGCGAGCGAGCGACGUGAGAGAGAGAGCGAGAAAGAGAGGAAGAGAACACGCGUGUGUGUGGUGUGUGUUAGUGUGUGAAAGAGCGAGUGAGGUAGAGAGAGAAGAAAACUGCAAAAUCUGUCAAGGUUUUCCAGGCGUUUGGUUAUUCCUCUCGACGCCUGUGCAGCGCUGACUUGGGUCGCGUGCUGGAGGAUGAGUUCAUUUAGCACCAGGGCACUGACGCUCCUGUCGUCUGUGUUUGGGGCGUGCGGGCUGCUCCUGGUCGGUGUGGCUGUGUCGACGGACUACUGGCUGUUAAUGGAAGAGGGCAUUGUCCUGCAGCAGAACCAGACCAAUGAGGUGAAGAUGGCUCUGCAUUCUGGACUCUGGAGGGUCUGUUUUGUGGCUGGGCCAGAGAAGGGGAGAUGUGUGGCAUCUGAAUACUUCACCGAGCCAGAAAUAGAUUUCACCACUGAGAACACAGCCAACAUACUGAAAAUGGUCAGGACGGCCACCCCCUUCCCAAUGGUCUCUCUCCUCUUUGUCUUCACUGCCUUUGUCAUAAGCAACAUCGGCCACAUCCGUCCUCAACGCACCAUCCUGGCCUUCAUCUCUGGAAUCUUUUUCAUUUUAUCGGGUUUGAGUUUAGUGGUCGGUUUGGUGCUGUAUAUCUCCAGUAUCAACGAUGAAGUGAUGAACAGGCCUCGAGAGCCAGAGCAAUUCUUUCACUACCACUAUGGCUGGUCGUUUGCCUUUGCUGCCAGCUCCUUCCUGCUCAAAGAGGGUGCUGGGGUCAUGUCUGUGUAUCUCUUCAUGAAACGUUACGCCGAGGAGGAGAUGUACCGGCCCCACCCUGCGCUGUAUCGCCCUCGUCUGUCUGAAUGCAGUGACUACAGCGGCCAGUACCUGCACCCAGACUCAUGGCCUCCUCCUCAGCGCGGACGCAGCGGCUCCGAGGUGUCCAGCGACAUCUCCAUUCAGCUCAACCAGGCCCCGCUGCCUCCGCCUAAAAGCGGCCCCUCCAAUCCGCCCUCUUCCUCGGGCCCCUCCUCCGGGGCCAGCUAUCACCUCCCACCUGCUUCUUCCUCCUCUUCCUCUUCCUAUCCUCACACCAUCCACUCCUCCCAUUCUGGUGGCCAUGCCCCUCAGUCCCUCCCAAUGGCCACACCCCCAUCCGCUGUCCCGCCCCCUCGCUACCACGCACAUAUGCGUAUGAGCGCCUCUCCGUGUUAGAGUUCCUCCGUAUGCGAUACCUAAACAGAAAUAUGUGCAUAACAUUAGCUAAGAGGAAAACAGGGGCUUUUAGUACUCCAGAGACUAUGGGAGAAAAUUGGAGAAAAGGGUGCUAAGUUGAAAAGAGGUAGACAAGGAAGCACUUCACUUACAAUUCUGUGCCUGAAUGACGUUUUAACAGAUUCUCAGAGCGAGAUUAAUAAGUGAGGGAAUAGCAUUUAUACAUAUAGAAAGAAUGUAUGGAGGAAGAAGAAAACAGGAAAAAAGUACAAAAUACUGACUUGCUGAAAAUAGUUGAGAACAAUUGUAUACAUAUUUAAAUUUGUAUGUAAAAUGUUUAAAUCUUAUUGCACACCACAACAGCAUUUUCAUCCACUCAUACCUCAUAUAUCAUGAGCAUCAUGAGGCUAUUUAUAUCAUUUCUUGUUUAUACAGAAGCAAAAAGACACGGAUGUGCCCCAAAGGUGGCAGAUUUUGGUGUCGCAGAUUUAUUUCAGUGGGCAAGAUGCAUCAUUUCUGUACAUAAUGUAUCAAGAGCAGUAGUCAUCUAGUGUAGUCCAACAUAUUUACCUAUGUUUUAUCAUGCGGGCAAAAGUGCAGGGGGUCCGAUUUGUCCUUUACAAUCAAUUUGUAAUGUUUUUAGAUUUGUACAUCAGGGUAGAUGUUCUACAAAGCUGGCUGAUGUUUCCUUACUGGGAUGUUGUACGCUUGGCCCCACGGCCCUCAAUAUGCCUUGUGUUUUCUUGUGCUCUCAUAUUCAAAAAAAUGUUUUCAAAAAAAAAAAAAAAAAAAAACAGAAAAAAGUUUAGCAGUGAUAUAGCACGAUACAAAAAGGAAACGUUUGAACAUACUAAACAUAUUUACCUUAACCUAAAAUGGAGGCUGACUCCUAUAUGAAUGCCGGAGAUUUACUCUCCUUCACUGUUCAGUCAUCAUCUUAAAAAUGCAGCCGUUCUCUUUUAUUAUUAUUAAUAUUAUCACUACAACUAUUAAUUGAAUUGUUUAUUAUACAAAAUGAAUUGUAAACGUGUUAUAUUAUUACAGAAGCUAUUGUAAAUCAGUCCUGUGCGUGUUGCAGCAGUAUUUCAGAGAUCAUGUUUUAGAGUAAUGAAAAAAAAGAACAGAAAUUAUCAUGAGGAAUCUUUCAGUAGCACAAAGCAAUAUGUUAUGGUUUUGUUUUCCACCUUGAGUGAACGGUUGUUCUGCCCCUGGUAUCUUGCGCCAUCUACUGGUCAAGCAUUAAUAGUGCAUCAAAACAAGCACUGAAGUACUAGCUACAGUAUAUGAAAUCUGUAUUCGAUUCAUUGACUAAAAUGAGGCAGAUGAGUCAGCAUUUCCAUACCUGGUGCCUGCGGAUGCUGCAUCGAUUGAGCAAUGCAGUAAAGACAAUUUGUACAGUAUAAUUAUUAUUAUUCCACCAAAGCCCUUUUCCUAAUCCAUAAACAUUGACCUUUGUAGAAAAAUAUCCCUAAAUAAAUAUUAACUAAUAAAUAUGAUCAUAAUUAUCUGUUAUGCCCUAUUUUCGUGCACAAAAGCUUGAAAUAUUUUCCAGAGAGUUAUAUCUGAUAGAGUUCAUUAUUGCGUGUAAAUAUUAUAAAGAUAAAUAGUUAUGAAAUAUGAGUAGUUAUAAAGAACAGGACUGGUUCCUGCUGGAUAGUAAAGAAAUAAGAAUAACCAUUUAUAUUAUAGCCAUAUUACAAGUGAAAUAUGCAGAAGUGAAAGUAUGAUAUAUGGACAAUUAAAAGAGCAAGAGGAAUGAUUUUUGAUCCUAAUAUUUAUUCAAGCAUUGCUGAUGGUACAAAUUUAGUCUGCUUUUAAGUCUCAAACGUGUGAAUAUCUGUUUUUGUUUCUCGUCUUUUGCUAAUAAUUGCGUUAUAAUGAUCUUUCUGCUCUCACGAUUCCAGUUGACAUUUGUUGUUGUUGCGGUUUACGCUGAGGGUCUGGCUUAUAAAUAUGUAUGUACCAUUUUGCAUGACAUUUUUUCAUCUUCAUACCCUUUUCCUUUUUUUUUUUUUUUUUUAAAUCAUCCCUGUUGGCUGUCCUUUGUCUUGAUUUGUCUCUCUCAAAGUCCCAUUAAGCUAAAGCUGCCUCACUCAUUUGACAUGUCUUUUGCUCUUUUACCCCUCAUUUCUCUCUCUUUUCUCUCUCAGCCUUCCUGUCUUUAGUUUUCUGUUUUUCGGUUAUCAGUUUUGCAUGCCUUUCAUUCCAUAAUGCCAAAGCAAUUGUGCCUGAUACUUAAGAUGAUGAUGACAGUUAUUAUUAUUAUUACUAUUAUUAUUAUUAUUAUUAAAACUGUGGCAUUUCUUCUUUGUAAUCUUGAAUUUGCUAAAUAAAACUUAAGAAACUGAAAAAUA